AUGUCUAAUUCAAGCGAGGAAACUGGUCAUUAUAUUAUAGACAAUGCGACAACAAGAAAGUGGGUUGAUUGGAUUGAACGAGCAAUUGAAGAUGAACAUAUUAAUUUUUAUGAUUAUCAAAAAUUUGAAAAUAUUCACAAAAUUGGAAUGGGUGGGUUUGGUAAAGUGUAUAAGGCAAACUUAAAUACUGGGGAUGAAGUUGCUUUAAAGUCAUUUUACAAAGAAAGUUUUAAUAUUAAAGAAGUUGUAAAUGAAAAUAGAAUGAAUAAUGGUAGUAAUAGUAGUCAUAGUACCAUUAGAACUAAAAAAAAUAGUCUUAAUAUAUUGCCUAGGGAUGGCAGUUUUAAAAAUCGUGAAGCACCGAAACCUGCAGAUCUUCCACUUCCGACGAAUGUCGCUCCAGUACAAACAAGUUACAGUUGUAUGCAAUCACGUUUUGACUAUUUAGUAAAAACAUUUUUUGAAAAAAGUCUGAAUUCUCUUAGUUUUGUUGGAUUUGAUACACAAAGGGAUAUUGCGAUUAACACUCGAGAGCAAGAAAAUAAAUUAAUACAGAAAAUCGUUGAUGAAUUUAUACAUAUUAUAUUGAUUAAUUCAAUAAAUUAUGGUAAAGAAGAUUAUCAGAUAAAAAAUCUUUUGUUUGAACAUUUAAAAGAAUACAAUAAAUCUUUUAGUGAUAUUCUCAAUUGGUUGGUUAAAAGCAUAGACGUUAAAAGAUAUGCUUUACUACUUGGAUAUAUUUAUUAUGCAGGAAUUGAAACAAAAAAAGAUUAUCAAAAAAAUAAGAUUGAUAAUUAUAAUUUAAAUGACAUCGAGAUUUGCAUUGACGAAGAUAUCGAUAUCUUUAGUCCUACCACCACCAUUAUCACUCCUCCAUGUGAGGAGGAUAAUGGUGUUGAAAUGAUUGCAGCAUAUUUUAUUGGAUAUUUUAACGAAAAUGGUUAUGGUACCGAGGUUAAUAAAAAAUUAGCCUUUAAAUAUCUCAAAUAUUCCUCCGAUAAAGGUUGUUUAUGUGCCAGGAGCUCACUUGGAUAUUGUUAUUUGAACAGUAUUGGAAUCAAAAAAAAUGAAACUGCAGGAUUCAGGUUAUUUAACGAAGCUGCAAAUAAAGGUAACAUAAAAGCAAAGGUUAAUCUUGGUUAUUGUUAUGAAAAUGGAGUAGGAACUACCAAGGACCUUGUUAAAGCAUUUCAACUUUAUCAGGAGGCAGCCGAAAACGGCAAUAUAUAUGGCCAAUAUAAUCUUGCUUUUUAUCACGAAAAUGGAUAUGGCACUGCAAAAAACAUAGAUUUGGCCAUCAAAUGGUAUAGUAAAGCUGCAAAUACAUACUCUUUACUUAAUACUUCUAUUCAAGAAAUUAAAACUUCUCUAAGUGUUUUGCCUCUAAUUCAACAAAAAAUUGAUUAUUUAGCAGAGGUUGUAAAAAGCUUGGAAAAACAAUGUAAACAACAACCAAAAGUUAACGGGAUCGUUAGUUCUCCUCCUUCUGACGAUGAAGAUAUUGGAUCGAUCGAACAACCUAAAACAUCAAAUGCAAAAAAAGAAAAAAAUAAUACUAAUAAUAUCAAUGCCAUCGCCACGAUCACUAACAACAAAAAUAAUAAUAUCAUACAGACUGAGAAAAAAAAUAAAAAAUUAAAUAUGGCAGAGAGAAAACGGUUGAGAAAAGCAAGAAAGAAACAACUUGCUAAUUCACAAAAACAAAGUGCUGAUGAAGCUUCAUCAGAUGAAAGUGAAGCUCCGCAAUCAUCCCCUCCACCAUCUCCUCCAUUACAUCCACCACAGCCUCAAGCCGCUACCAUUGCACCAUCAUCUCCUCAAGCAACAACAGCACCUUCUUCUCAGCCCACAAGUGAACAACAAAUAAGAAAUGCAAAUAGACAAAUGACUAGAAUACCACUCAAAUUUCAAAAUCGAAGAGGUGCCUCACCAUCUCCUGCAAAUAAUAGAGAUGUUAAUAAAUCAGAACAGGAAACCCACCCUCAACGCGAUACAACUCAACGUGAAAAAUUACAAGAUAACUGGAAAACUACGAUCUCAACCUUUGAAGAAAUGGAUUUAAAGCCUCAGUUGUUAAAUGGAAUUCGUUCUUUGGGUUAUGAUCAACCUACAUCAACACAAAAACGUGCAAUAAGUGCCAUAUUAUCGCGCAAAGAUUGUGUAAUUCAAGUCCCACAUUCUAAAGAAAGAGCAUUAACGUAUUUGGCUGCUAUAUUUCAACAAAUUGAUCCACGAUAUACAUCUUGUCAAGCAAUCAUACUUGUUCAUCUAAAAGAUCUUUGUUAUGUUAUCGAAGAUUAUAUUCAUAGAAUUGCAAAAGAUAUGCAAAUUUCGUCAUUUAUUUGUAUUGGUGGAUAUCCUUUAAGACGAGACAUUGAAAGAUUAAAAAAUGAUGGGCAACAAAUAAUAGUCGCCACCCCAGGGAGACUAAUUGAUUUGAUGGCAGAAAGAAGAUUUGAUUUCUCGGGUGUAAAAACAGUGAUAAUUGAAGACUCUUGUAUUAUGUUUAAUAGUACAUUCCGUUCGCAAGCAUUCGAUAUCAUAUUUCGAUUACCACGUAAAUAUCAAAGAGCUCAAAGAGUUCUCAUGACCACAGCAACCACAUUUACUUUAGCAGAUAUCAAAAAUCGAAUGCUCGAAGAUCCUGCAAUAGUCACUGACGAUGUUCAUGUUAGUGAUGGGUUGACAUUAUAUUAUUCUCUUGUUGAUAGAGAAGAUCAAAAAUUGAAUGGUCUUUGUGAAAUUUUCAAUAUGAAUGAUAAUCAAUCGAUGGUUAUUUUCUGUGAUAAUGCAGAAAGAGUUAAUUGGUUGGCUGAUAAAUUGAGUUCUUUGUUCGAUGGAGUUCCUGUUUUUGCAAUGCAUUCAUUUACAGAACAAUCUGAAAGAUAUCAAAUCAUCAAAUCGUUUUGGGAUACUGAACCACCAUCAGUUAUGAUAACUGUAGAUUGUUUUGCGUCAGUAUUAGCCUUCAAUCCGGUUAAAUGCUGCUUACAUUUCGACGUCCCAUUCCAAUACAGUGGAUAUAGAAUCUUGGAAAUUUUUAAUGAAGAGAUUUCCGCUCGUAUAGAAAAUCGUUUUCCUGGUAUAAAAUGUGUCACUGUUAAACACGACGAAAUACUUGAUGAGGACGAUAUAAGCAUUUAUAUCCUAAAAAUUUCUGUUACGCAUAAAACUGAUCCAAGUAGGAUAGGUGGGGGUAAUGACGACGAAAGAGUUAAUUGGUUGGCUGAUAAAUUGAGUUCUUUGUUCGAUGGAGUUCCUGUUUUUGCAAUGCAUUCAUUUACAGAACAAUCUGAAAGAUAUCAAAUCAUCAAAUCGUUUUGGGAUACUGAACCACCAUCAGUUAUGAUAACUGUAGAUUGUUUUGCAUUAUGUUGUUGUGGCGGAUAUGGAAUACCUGGUAUUAAUAUUAAUCUUGUUAAUAAAGAACAAGUAUUUGAUCUUAAUGCUUUAGAACGGUAUUAUAAAGUACGAAGUAUUUCUUUACCAAAGAGUGAUCCAAAAUUGCUUAGUGUUGAAGAAGUUUGA